AUGGGACAAUCGCUGUUGUAUUGCAACUAUGCCUUCCACCCUCUAGCGGAUUGGCCUAUGGGUGCACAUAUCAAACGUUUGGACGCCAAUGGGAGUAACUACUUGGACAAGAUCAUUACGGCUCACGAGUCAGUAAGGGAUACACUACAGAAGCCUUUCGACAGGAUGGCAUCAAAGUCAGGACUAGCGGUACAGCAUUUCACUAUAAGUCAGAAAGUCUUGAUAGAUACGCGAAAUCUAGGAGGAUAUUCCAAGUGGUCAGACAAAUUCACGGGACCAUUUACGGUAUCAGCAAUGGUGGGCAAUCGGGCUUACCUUCUCGAACUUCAAGUAAUAUGGAAAGUUCAUGAGGUAUUACAACUCAUGCUGUUGACACUUUAUCGCGAGGACCCAAAUCCCACUAGGCAGCGGAAUACACAAAAACGACUGGCAACACCCGAGCCACAGGAGGAAUUGGCGGAUGGGAACUUUCAGCCAACCUCGAAUAUACGAUCACAUAUGCGAAGUCAAGGCCCAGUGGUCGAUUAUGAACGGUCACAAACAACAACGGAACAGGCAGGACAAAGCUCAAUACCAUUCACUACUCUAUGGCUUUUCCAACAGGGAUUUUAUCAUAGAAGUAUUUUAACGGUCGAGGGUAACGUCUAG